AUUGGUGGAAUAUGGUAUGUGCAGGCAAUUGUGAGGAGGCGGGACUGCAAAAUUGGGGAGGACUGUGAUACUGCGUCCCAGGUACAACACAACCAGCUUCUCAACGCAAUAGCAUAGCCAUACUGGAGUAGUAGUUUACGUUUCUAUGUACUCAUUCAUCCUUUUAUGAUUGAUCAAAAUGAAAAGUGGAAUAUCUGUCUGAGGAGUUUGCUUACAACACGAUCAAUCCUUGACAAUGAGUGGCAUCACAGUAUUGGUGAAGGAUUAUGAAACGGGACAGGAAGAGGGGCGGCCGGUGUCCCCGUUCUCUGAGGAGUGCUGUGAGGAGCUGUGGGACCGGGUGGAGGGGGUGAGGCACAAGCUGACCCGCAUCCUGAACCCAGCCAAGCUCACCCCCUACCUGAGGCAGUGCAAGGUCAUCGACGAGCAGGAUGAGGAUGAGGUCCUCAACUCCACCCAGUACCCACUACGUAUCAGCAAGGCUGGACGUUUGAUUGACAUCCUGCAUGGGCGGGGCCAGCGUGGCCUGCAGGCCUUCAUGGAGUCUUUGGAGUUCUACCACCCMGWGCAAUACACUCAGCUCACUGGACAACAGCCCACCCAGCGCUGCUCCAUCAUCUUGGAUGAGGAGGGUCCAGAGGGCCUGACUCAGUUCCUGCUGCUUGAGGUGCGUAAGCUGAGGGAGCAGCUGCGGGGGAGCCGCGUGUGUGAGCGCCGCCUGUCCCAGCGUUGCCGUGUGGCCGAGGAGGAGCGCAGCCGGGCUGAACGCAAGACACUGGACCUACGACAUGACCGGCUGYAGAUGGAGAGGCUGCGUCAGGACUGGGAGGCAGGCAGCAGGGAGCUGGGCCGGCUGAAGGACAKRCACCUGGAACAGGCUGUGAAAUACUCUCGUGCCCUGGAGGAUCAGGCCAAGGCCUCCGCACGUGAGAGAGAGCUACUGGAACAGAUGGAGCAGCUGAAGACCAGACUGAUGGAGGCAGAGAAAGAGACUGACAGUAGUCCUGUCUCUAUGGCGCCAGUCAGAAGGAACAGCAGUGUCACCCAUCGCACGAACGGCACCCCCGCUGUUCCCGAGAAGAGGGAGAAGCCAGUACAGCACAUUGACAUUAAUAAGUCAGGUCACAUUGAAACACAGGCUCUGUUGGACAUCCUGAAGCAGGACCGCAGGGAGGCAGCAGAGCAGAGACACGAGCUGUGUGGCAACAUCGCCAGACUACAGGGAGAGCUGGAGAGCUCUGAGGAUUUCAGGGACAAGCUGGAGUCUCAGUGUGAGCAGCUGCAGCUGAAGGUGAGGACUCUCCAGCUGGACUGGGAGACGGAACAGAAAAGGAGCAUUUCCUACUUCAACCAGAUUAUGGAGCUGGAGAAGGAGAGGGACCAGGCUCUGCGCAGUCGAGACAGCCUGCAGUUGGAGUAUACUGACUGCCUAUUGGACAAGAACCGCCUGCGUAAACGCAUCGCAGAGCUUCAGGCCAAUCUAGAGCAGCAGCAGAGAGAGCUGGAGAAAGAGAAGGACAGGAGCAGGGAGCAGAGUUCCCCCUGUAUGCACUGUUCUCACCUGUCUCUGUGCAGCGAGGACCAGUGCUACGGGCCCUGCUGCUCCCUAGACCUCAGCCCUCUGCCCAACGGCACUCACCAGCUGCUCUGCAAGUCUCCCUCUACAGACCAAACCCAUGACCACUCCGAAGGUUCCCGCUCAAACUCAGAGGAGAAUCUCUUGACACCAACAGUGGACAGUGAGAGGGAUGUUAACAGGCUCUCCAUCUUCCCCUUCCCUCCCUGUAUGAACUCCAUCAACCGCAGGGUCAACAUAGAGUUUGACCUGGACUCCUGGGGCAGUGAUGAGAAUGAGAACCUCACAGGAGUCCAGAGUGAGGUCUCCCUGUCAAACUCCUAUAGCUCCCUGCAUUCUCACCUCUUCCCCCCUGACCUCGUCAACCUGCCCCCUGUCCCACCUCACAAACCCAACUACAGCAGUCUCUGCUUCGAGCCCCUGUCCCCCGUACCUAGUCCCCCCACUACGCCCAAAAGAGGAAGAGGCAGCCUGGCAGAUGACAUCACCAUCAUUGGGGGCAACCGCACAGGCAUCUUUGUUAGCAGCRUCAGAGCUGGUUCUCCUGCUGAGCAGUGUGGUCUGAAGGAGGGCAGUGAGUUACUGGAGCUGGAGAAGGUUCUGUUUGGUGGGGGCAGUGUGCUGAUGGGCCAGUGCACUGGAGAGGUGGCCCACUUCUCUCUGCAGUGGUGGACAGAGCCCUCUUCUCUCAAACACCAGACCAAACACAGAGGGUAUGAAGCCUACUCCAAGUUAUGUGCCCAGCUCCUUCUCCUACCUUCUACGGUGCUGGACUCCUUCUACGUGCGCGUCAACCUGGACCUGGACCCUCAUAGCGACCUGCCCUGUCUGGGGGUAUCCAAGAAGGGCUCUGAGCGUGUGCGAUUGGUCAAGGCUGUGUCCCCCAGCUGUCGUGGGACUGGUUCCACCCCACAGGUCCUUUACACACUCAGCAACCGUCAUGAGGAGCACCUGAUUCCUUACAGUAUGGUCCAGCCAAUACAGGUCAAGACCAAACGGCCUGUCAUCUUCUCCCCCUCCCUACUCUCUCGCGGCCUCAUAGAGAGACUGCUUCAGCCAGCAGAGUCUGGACUGGACUUCAACACCUGCCAACCAGAGCCAAUCCAGGCCACAGAGAGAAAUGACAAGAGUGUUUUCCUGCUAGAUGCUUCCACCCCAGAGCAGGCUCUUGGAAUCAGUCUGCAGUCUAUUCAGGAUGUAAUAAGCCAGGACAAGCACUGUCUGUUGGAGCUGGGCCUGAGUAGUGUGGAGGGCCUUCUGAGGCAGGGGGUCUACCCAAUCGUCAUUAAUAUCCGACCCAAGAACAAAAAACACAAGAAGCUAAAGAAGUUGCUGACCGGGCGAGGGGAGGAUGGCGUGAUGGAGGAGGUGUGUCAGGCGGACAAGCAGCAGCUGGAGACCCUGCCCCUGCUCUACCACACUUUGGAACCUAGCACCUGGAGCUGCACCGAGGAUCUGCUUCUAGCCAUACGCAAUGUCAUCCACAGCCAGCAGAAAGCACUGCUGUGGGUUGAGUUGGAAAGGCUCCAAUAGAUCCCAAUGUUAUCGCCCAGUUUUAUUGUUUUACUAAGCUAAAUUUGAUACAAUUAAAGAUACAUUUCACACACACCCAUUUAGAUACCUAGGUCUACCACAGUAAAUUUUGAAGUUUCAUGUUCAUAUGAUGAAUUAAACCUUACAAGCUCAGUA